UCUCUUUUGGGCUGACUAUGAAAACAUCGUUUUGUCGCAAAACAAAAAUAGUUUAUUACAAUAGUCAGACAAAUGUUAGGAGCACUCGUGUCAUCUUCAUCGUCCACAUUCUUAUCUUCUUCACUUGGCAAGUCUUCUUCUUCGCUCUCUAGAUCCUCGGUUCCUGCGUUUUCUCGCUUAUCAGUCCGAUCAAUGGCCGAUUCAGCUUUCAAGAAAAUCCAAAUCCAAAGAGAUGACACUACGUUCGAUGCGUAUGUGGUUGGUAAAGAUGAUGCGCCCGGGAUUGUUGUGAUUCAAGAAUGGUGGGGUGUUGAAGUUGAGAUCAAGAACCACGCUAUUAAAAUCUCACAGCUUGACCCUGGUUUCAAAGCCCUUAUACCUGACUUAUAUAGAGGAAAGGUGGGUCUUGAUGCUGCAGAGGCAAAGCAUUUAAUGGAUGGCCUUGACUGGCCAGGUGCUGUCAAGGAUAUCAGCGCUUCUGUUAAUUGGCUUAAAGCUAACGGCUCCAAAAAGGUUGGUGUGACUGGAAUGUGCAUGGGAGGUGCACUAGCUAUAGCUAGCUCUGUUUUGAUUCCAGAGGUUGAUGCUGUUGUUGGAUUCUAUGGAACCCCUUCCUCCGAGCUUGCAGAUCCAGCACAAGCCAAGGCUCCUAUUCAGGCCCAUUUUGGAGAGCUUGACCAUAUUGUUGGUUUCUCUGAUGUCACGGCAGCAAGGAAUCUCGAAGAGAAGCUUAAAGCUUCGGGAGUAGCACACGAGGUUCACAUUUACCCGGGGAACGGGCACGCCUUCUUGAACAGGAGCCCCGAAGGAGUGAGCAGAAGGAAGAGUUUGGGAGAUUCUGAUGAUGACGAGGCUGCGGUAGAGCUUGCUUGGUCUCGCUUCAACUCUUGGAUGAAACACUACUUGGCUUAAGCUUUCCUUUCUCAGAUAGUGUUCAUGCAGGUCACGAAACAUUGUGUGAUGACCAAAGUAGUCUUGAAUAAGGACAUUGCUCUUAGGACUUUUUAUCUGUAUCAAAGAAAGUGGUUUGUAUGUUUGUGUGGAUGUGUGUUUGUAUGAUUAUAUUUCUAGAAACUAUGAAAUGAUAGUGUAUAUGUAGUUAAACUUAAUCACUACAAAGUAUGUUAAUA